CGCAGCCCAGAGGAGGGGCCGAGUAGCGGGCGCCGGGCGAUGCAGGAGAGACACAAAGGCGGCGGGGGAAGGAGCCCGCAGCUCGUCCCGGCAUGGAGCCGCGGCGCGGGGCCGGCCUGAUGCUGCCGCAGCUCCUACUGCUGCUGCUGCUGCUGCCGCCCGCCGCCCGGCCGCUGUGCCCGGAGCCCUGCGACUGCCAGCAGCAGCGGCACGUCGUGUGCACCAACCGCGGGCUGCGGGCCGUGCCGCGCCCGCCUGCCACCGCCGCCGCGCAGGACGUGCUGACCUACAGCCUGGGCGGCAACUUCAUCGCCAACGUGUCGGCCGCCGACUUCCAGCGCCUGGCCGGGCUGCAGCGCCUGGACCUGCAGUACAACCGCAUCCGCUGGCUGCAGCCGCAGGCCUUCGAGCGCCUGGGCCGCCUGGAGGAGCUGUACCUGGGCAACAACCUGCUGGCGGCGCUUCCCCCCGGCGCCCUGGGCGGCCUGGCGCGGCUGCGCAUCCUCUACGUGAACGCCAACCAGCUGCGCCGCCUCAGCGCCGCCGCCUUCGCCGGCCUGGGCAGCCUGGUCAAGCUGCGCCUGGACGGCAACGCGCUGGGCGCGCUGGGCGAGGCGGGCUUCGCGGGGCUGCCCAACCUGCUCUACCUGCACCUGGAGUCCAACCGCAUCCGCUGGCUCGGCCGCGGCGCCUUCUCCGGCCUGGCCAAGCUGCGCUUCCUCGACCUGUCGGGCAACCCGCAGCGCGCCCUGCGCCAGCCCGCCGCCUUCGCGCCGCUGCGCUCGCUGCACACGCUGCUGCUGGGCGGCAACCGGCUGCAGCGCCUGGGCGGCGCGCCCUUCCGCCACCUGCCCGGCCUGGCCACGCUCUCGCUCAGCGGCAACCGCCUGGCGCACCUGGCGCCCGACGCCUUCGCCGGCCUGGCGGCGCUCACCGAACUGCGCCUGGAGGGCAACGCGCUGUCGCGCCUGCCCGCCGGGCUGCUGGAGCCGCUGCGCAGCCUGCAGGCGCUGGACCUGAGCCGCAACGCGCUGCGCGCCCUGCCGCCGCUCGGCCGCCUGCCCCGCCUGCGCGACCUCCGCCUGCGCCACAACGCGCUGGCCACGCUGCCGGCCGACCUGCUGGCCGCCAGCCCCGCGCUCGCCCGCCUCGAGCUGGACGGCAACGCCUGGAGCUGCGACUGCCGCCUGCGCGGCCUGCAGCGCGGCCUGGCCGCCCGGCGCGCGCGCCUGCAGUGCCGCAGCCCGCCCGCGCUGGCCGGCGCCGACCUGGCCUCCGUGCCCGCCGCGCAACUGCCGCCGCCGCCCGACGGCACGCCCUGCUCCGCGCCCCCCUCCGCCGCCAACGCGCCCAACGCCAGCGCCGCGCCCCCGCCUCAGCCCGCCGCCCCGCUCGUCUCCGACCCCUGCGACUUCAACAAGCGCUUCCUGCGCAACCUGUCGGUGGAGGCGGUGGGCGCCAGCGCCGCCUCGCUCCGCUGGGCCGUGCGGCCGCACCGCAGCCCGCGCCUGCUGGGCCCCGCGCGCUUCCGCCUGCUCUUCGACCGCUUCGGCGCUGCCGCGCCCUUCCCGCGCUUCGUGGAGCUGCCCGAGCGCAGCGAGCCGGCCGCCACGCUGCGGGACCUGCGGCCCGACACGCCCUACCUGGUGUGCGUCGAGGCCGUGUUGGGCGGCCGCGCCUGCCCCGUGGCGCCGCGGGACCGCUGCGCCGGCCUCGUCACGCUGCCCGACGGCGGCGCGGCGGCCGGGCCGGACGCGCAGCUGCUCACGCUGGUGCUGCUGGCGCUCAACGCGCUGCUGCUGGUGGCGGCGCUGGCGGCCUGGGCCUCGCGCCUCGUGCGCAGGAAGGUGCUGGGGCGGCGGCGGCGCAAGGCGGCGCCCGUCCACGUGCGCCACGUCUACUCCACGCGCCGCCCGCUGCGCUCCACCGGCACUGGUGUCUCCGCCGACUUCUCCGGCUUCCAGGCGCCGCGCCCGGGCCGCGGCGCCGCUGCUGCCGCCUGCGCGCUCAGCGAGGCCGACCUCAUGGACUUCCCCUGCGAGCGCUUCCUCGACAGCAGCGGCGUUGGCGCCCGCCACGGCGACGAGCACCUGUUGCAGCGCUUCGCCGACUGAAGCCGGGACUACCGCUCCCGGCUGGCCCCGCACCCGCGCCUCGGUGCCGCGGAGCCUGCUGGGAGCUGUAGUUCGGGGAGGAGGAGGAGAAGUGGCGGGGGGGGGAUAGCCUCGCGUGGGUUGCAGCCACGUGGGAGCUCCCUGCGCCACCCCGUGGAGGAGUGGAACAAGGGGCCCCGGCGGGUUUCAUUGGGUUCCGCUCCCAGCUGCCUGGGGGCAGCAGCGUGCUCCCGCCUGGGGGCUCCUCCCCGCUCCUGCCAGGAGCAGAUGUAGCCUGGCACAGCCUCUCUGCUGUCAUCUCCUCCAGGGAAGCCUUGUGUUUGUGAGGAGCCCUUUAGAAUAACCACUAGCCCAGCAGUUCCCAAAUUCGGACAGGUUGUCCACAGCCAGUUUAAUACCAGACAACCUUAAGUACCACCAGCACAUUUUUCAAUUCAGCCUUAGGUACCACCAGCAACUCUUUGGCAUUACAAUACAUAUGUUAAUGCCUACCACUGGCAGGUUGACUGUGUACCACUGGUGGUACCCGUACCGCGGAUUGGGAACCACUGCACUAACCUAAUCCUGCCUUUUAAGACACUCUCAAGAAGAGCAAGCCUACUUGAGCCAAUACAGGCAUGGGGUGGGAUGUCUUCUCCCCACCCUGGACCCAUCAGUGGAUGUAGUAUCUUUUAGGACGUCUCUUUGGACUGGGUUGAUAUGGGCCAAGCUGACAAGUAUCUGGUCCAAUAACUUGGAACAAAAACUGUGGUUUCCAACAAACUUUUUUUUAAUACAUCAGCACUGUGGUUGGAGCAUGAAUGUUUUAAAACAGGAGUAAAAUGGACCUGGGAGAGGAAUGGGAAGAGUUUGAAACCAUUUGUUUUAACGCAGAACAUUUGGGGAGGGAGGAGAGGGUGGCAGAUGAGGUCGUGGGGGGGCGAUACUUUUUUUACACAGAAAGCAGUAAUGCAACUGGGUAGUUCUAUAGGAAUUAUAUUGCUUACACCACUAGGGAAAACGUACAAGUUGUGUAACACGUUUACAGUGAAUUCUUUUUAAAUUAAUACUGUUUGGUACUUGUACACUUUACUGUGUGUGUUAGUUCUCUGGGUACAUAGUCAGGCAGUAGACCACAGACUAUCAAAUACUCCAUCUUCGUAGUUACGGGAGUGGAUGCAAAGGUGAAGUGUCGAUUGACAGAUGGCGUAGAUGUGCUAAUAAUAGAUGGAGGGUAUUUCAGAAAUGUGAAGCAACCUUAUAUCAAGAAAUCAUUCUUUUCUUAGCUUUGCUGUAUUAAAAUUAGAAGCUUUUUUUUUUUACAUGUUUGUACCUCACUGUGAAAUCACAAGUUUUUAUAUGUUAUUCUAGGUUUCACAAUGUCUUUCUCUGCUAAUUGGGUAACGAUAAAGUGAAACUGUAAUCUUGAGUUACUCUUUUGCAGUAGCAUGUGGUCAAUUCUUUUAUUUGAAUUUGUUUUGUUGUCAGAGCAGCAUUCAUCAUUUUAAGAUCAACUGUUACUUUGUUUCUUGGAUUUUUACUUCCCUAAGCAUAUACAAAGUGUAGCUUUGUUACUAUUAAAUAUAAUGGUUUAGUUUGCAUUAAUAAACUUUUCAUGUGGUCUAGAAAUGAGAUGAUUAAAAAGGUCCUUAACUGUGGUGAUGAUGCUUAUGCAAAUAUUUUUUUGAGGGAGUUCAGUACAUGGCUGAGAACAUUGCUACUUCUGGAACCUUAAGUGAACUCAAAAAAACUGAAUAGUAAGGAGGAUUGAUAAUGAAAUAUGGAAGCAUUCAUCUCAAUGUAAUGGGAUCCAGUUCAACCUAUGAUGGUGAAUAGAAGUUUCUUAGAGUCUCCACAGAAGUUCAGCAGCCUCCAGUGAUGUGAGGUAGUCUUUAUUGAUUCCGUUUCUAAGGAACAAGUGUUUACAAAAGGCAGCAUAAUAACUGGUACUCUGAUUGAGAGUCUAGUGACUGAAAAUAAGUCUUUAAUCCCCUACAUAGAGUUUUUCCACAUUAGGGUCCAAAUACACUGGUGAGUGAGGAUAGGGAUAGUUUGUCUUAACCUUUACCUAUUAUGCAGUGGAGAGAUUUCAAAGUGAAAUCCUGGCCCUUUUGAAGUCUAUAGCAAAACUAUAGACUUAGUGUCCCAUUCUGAAUCCUCUGUGUCCACCAAGGACUAUAUCUUGUACUCAAUAUAGAGAAAAUUCCAUUAACAUCAGUGAGAUUUUUGAUACAAGAUUCAAUAGAAUGUGUAUUGAAAGAACACAGAACCAGUCUUUAAAAAAUCAUUAAAAGUCUAGAAUUCUAGGCUAUGUUAUUUCUAAGCAGGUAGUAGUGUAGUAUGAAGGCUGUAUAUGGCCAUCAGUGGGAAAACACCGUUAUUGCUAGAAGUUACUGGAUAUCAUUGAAUACCAUUAAACUGUAUAUCACACUGACCUUAGCUCUAUCACUGGAUAUUCUUCCAAUGGGAGAUGCGUAAAUGCUGUACGUGGUUAUAAUAGAUUAUUUCAAUAAAACCAUUUUCUAAAAGGAAAAUCAGUGUCUUAAGAUUGAUUUGAAAAUGAUACAGCGUGAAACAAAUGGUUUAUUUUCAUUAUUUGUAACUUAUAGUAACAAAGGCUGUAACUAUGUUAAGGUAGGCCUUUAUGUAAAGCCACUGAGGGCCACAGAAGGUACAGCUGGAAGAGAAUGCAUUUGUAAACAUAAAUGAGGGCCUAAUUUGGUCUGUAAAACCUAUAAUCUGGAAAAUUAGGUUUGUCAAUAUGGAAAAAAAUGGAAGCUUAUUGGAAGUUAAAAAUGUGGGAAGAGGAUAAACAACACUGAAUUAAAUAUUACAAUGAAUAAAAUAAAACUCUGUAAUUUAUAUAAACAUAUGUAAUCCAAUUAUUGUAGAAUUUAGUGAAAGGUAGUGUGUUGCAUACCUUAUGUCUUGUUUGUGAUGGUUUUUGAUGCCAGGAUCUUUUUCCCUGUCUUCAGUAACUACCUAAGGCUUCCGAACACGUUGGGCUUUCUCAUGCAUUAAAUAGAACUCAUUAAUUUGUGCCAAUGCUUAAUUUUCAUUGUGUGUUUCAUUUCUGUAUCUUAAUGGUACUUUCAAUAUUUGAUAAUCUGCAGUGGUUUCCUCAUCAAUUCAGAUUUAAAGGGGCUCCACUGUGUCGACAAAAGGCUUGAAACUGUAUAUGCAAUGGGUGGCAGAAGUAAGCUGAGAGCAGGUAAAGGGUUUUAAUAUUUAAAUAAAAAAGGGUUGAUUGCUGUUUAAAAUUGUGUUGGUGUUUUCAAAAGGAGAGUGCUAGGAGACAUUGCUAAAUAAAAAAAAUUACUGUUUAAAUAUG